GUCUGGCAGCCUCAUUAUCCAUUUACCUCCGCUUGAGGGAAUUUUCGAUCCACCUCUCGGCACACUGCAGUCAGAGUCUCUAAACCAAGACUCCUCAGUCAACAAGUCAGUUGUCCGGGACUGUUCUGCUCCCAUUUUAAUAGUUGGCAACUUUCAGAGUAAGAUGCUUCUGUAUUUAGACAUCCUGGCGCUGCUCCUCCUGCAGCCGGCUUUGUUGAGCUCAGCGGUGCCGACCACCCCGUCCAGAGGAUGUCCCACCUGUAAAUCACAGUCCACGCAGAGCCAACCGGCGGCAGAUUCAAAUUCCACCGCCCCGGCCGUUGGAGAAGCAUGCGGGGUCUACACAGUGGGCUGCGCCGGCGGUCUGCGUUGUGCGCCUUCAGAGGAUGAGCCGAGGCCCCUGCGUGCCCUUCUGGAAGGGAGGGGAGUCUGCAAAAAUGCCAGCGGCGUCGGACCGACUGAAAAUGCCCAGACUGUAGACCAAGCCGCUACUGAAGAUCCAGACCAGACUCCGUGUCGUAAACUGCUGACUUCACUUAUCAAAGGUCUUGAUGCUCAUGUAUUUAAGUUGCAUCAUCAUAUAUACAUGCCCAACUGUGACAAACGGGGUUUCUUUCGGAAGAAGCAGUGUUGGUCGUCCCGAGGUAAGCGGCGUGGCAAUUGCUGGUGUGUGGAUCAGAACGGCAUGCCAGUCUCCUCCAGCACUAAACAGAGGGGAGGCCUGAGCUGUUCAAAUGCAUGAUGCCUGGACCGAAGCAGAGGAGGCUGGAGCUUCAUCGCCGAUACCAGAUGAAGAUGAAGGAACACCAAUACAGAACGUAACGGAGCUCAAAGCAGACAGAAACAGCUCUCCGCCAAUGAAAAGCUGUUUCCAAAUCAGGAGUAACUUUGUAUCCCUGCGCCCUCUACUGAACAUAUUCAGAGUGUAAUGAUUAGACAUUAUCAACUGAUAUGAGAUCGAAAAGAACACCAUAUCAAAUGUAUAUCAACUUUUUCGCCUGUCAAUAUAUGCAUAUAUUUAUUGCCCCUUCAGUUAUAUCUAUUCAAAUUGUUCAUCUUUAUGCUUCACCAUUUUAACUAAUAAUAUAUGUUAUUUCCAGGCAUUGACCAAGAUCUUUAACAAUAUGAUUUGGAUCAUUGUAUCAUAUUUAUAUGUACAUUUUCAGUACUUUUUACGAUAAUUGAAUAACUGUAAUUACUGUACAUGUAUCUCUUGAUGUAAUCCUAUUUAUGUUACAUUGAAUAUAAUAUUUAUAUUAUCUGAAUAAGGCAUUAACAGUGGUUGGCCACUAGAGCAGCCAAGGUAUUAUUAUUAUUAUUGUUCUUUUUAUUAGGUAUUAUUAUAUAAAAACCUGAAUUUCUAAUGCAGAAUUACAUGAGGGCAAUAUGAAGAAAAUGUACCUCUUGAACAUUAAGGAAAAAUCUGACAUCCAGUCAAUAAAGCAAACAUGCUCACAAGAAACUUUAUCCAUGCUUUGAGGAUUUUGUCUAUUUUGAGAACCAAUUGAUUAUUUUGGAGUACUAAUUUAGUAUUUAAACUAACAUCAUGAAUGAAGAUGAAGAGGAAAAAGAAGAUGAAAGCAGUUAACAUAGGUUUGCUGUGUUAACGCAAGGUUGAACAGUAACAAUCAGAUGUAACUUUAUGAAGAAUUGUUAUUACAUCACAAAGGGCCAUUAUUAUGAAUAAGUCAUGAAUAAUAUCUAUUAUUCAACAGAAAGGAGAUUAAAGGCACUUUGAGAUCAAACUCAAUUAGAAUUUGUCUGCAAUAAAACCAUUAUGACAUUUUAUCAUCUGCCCAAACACAUAGUUGUCUACAAUGAUCUACAAUGUUUGUAAAAAGCCAAUAAAAUAUUAAAUAAAAGUACG